ACGUCUUUUGGCUACUUUGACGUUUGCACCUUUGACAGCUGAAGGACAGGGUACAAUUUUUGCUGCUGUUAUUACCCGCAGCGCAUUGGAUACGAAAACAUUGGCCACAAGUCCUACGAUUUUAGCGUUUAUUUACUUAUUCUUUUCAUUGUAGGGUAGAGAAGCCGCCGGCCAGCAGCCAAAACGCUCCGCAAAACGAAAGGCGGCACCACCAGGGGGGAAAACACGGGAGCAAAACGAGAACAGAACGCAGUAAACAACAAAACCGGCCGGAACAACAACGGUGCCGGAAACGAUGAGCCAAGCGUACGUUAGCCCACUCUCCAUAGCCGUGAUCUGUUCGUCCAACAUGAACCGAUCGAUGGAGGCGCACGGGUUUCUGGCGAAAAAGCGAUUCAAGGUACGGUCGUUCGGUACGGGCGACAAGGUGAAGCUUCCCGGCACGGCAGCGGACCGGCCGAACGUGUACGAGUUCGGCACCACGUACGACGACAUCUACAACGAUUUGGCCGCGAAAGACAAGCAAUACUACACACAGAACGGCCUACUACACAUGCUCGAUCGCAAUAGGCGAAUAAAAUCCUGCCCGGAAAAGUUUCAGCUCUGCACGGAGCGGUUCGAUGUGCUGGUCACGUGCGAGGAGCGAGUUUACGAUCAGGUGAUAGAAUUUAUGGAAUCGAAAACUCCCAGCUACAACCUGCCGGUGCACGUGAUCAACAUUGACAUACAGGACAACCACGAGGAGGCGACGGUUGGCGCGUUUCUCAUCUGUGAUCUGAUAACGAUGAUGGCUCAAAGCGAAGACCUGGACAACGAUAUCGACGAGCUGCUGCACGAUUUCGAGAACAAAUGCCAGCGCAGUGUACUGCACUGUGUACAGUUCUACUAGAGCUUCUACUGCAUCCAGAAUCCCUUUUUCCCUCUUUUUGAAUGGCCUGUCCCAGCCCCAGCUCCCCCGGCAAGCUGAAUGGAAAUAGCGAAACACACACACACAGCACGACAGGACAAAAAAAUGGCAAAAUGAUGCAUGCUAGUGACAAUUAUUUUAUUUUGAUAAAUUUUUGGACCAAUUUCAGUUUUGUUUCGCGCUGGAAAACAAACACGUUAAAGGAAUUGUGUGUGUGUGUGUGUGUGUGUGUACGUGUUUUUGUUUAAACUAAUUUGCAUUAUCAUUUGCAAAAAUUGUAAAAUUGCUACACCAAUGCACACACGCAGAGACGACAUUAAAGUUGAACAACAGCAAACAGCACACAGGGUAUUUGGAAGUGUA